AUGCAUUUCAUCGGCAGCGUAAGUGUCCUCAUGAUGGCGGCAGGCACCGCCUUCGCCAUUCCACAUCCCUCCAUCAACACCAACAAACUCAGCACUCGCGCAAGCGACCCAGUCCAACAACUCAUCGCCAUCGCACCAGGCUCCACCACCUGCGACGGCGCCUCCUUCCCAGACGAGUGUGCUGUGUCUUCAACAGAAGUCGUCAAUGCCCUUGUCUCCGGCUUCGCGAAAUACAACAUCAACACGGCCGCCGAACAAGCCGCCCUCCUCUCGUGGAUGGCCUUCGAGUCCGGCGACUUCAAGUUCAACCGCAACCACUUCCCGGCGCCCGGACGACCCGGCCAAGGAACACGCGCGAUGCUCAUGCCGAACUUCGUCCAGGAAUAUGCCGCCAGCAUCCCCGAGUUGAGCGCGCAGGUCGCGGCCGCGGGCUCGGAUCCGGCGAAGGUGUUGGAUCUGGUUCUGUCCGAUCAGUAUGCUUGGGCGGCCGCCUCGUGGUACUAUAGUACCAAGUGUUCGGCGGCGCAGAAGGCACAGGUUCUCAAUGGUGGGCUGCAGGGUUGGCAGGAUGGGUUUAUUACCGGCUGUGUCCAGACGACGAAUACUCCAGAGCGUCAGGCUUAUUGGUCGAGGGCACGCCAGGCGUUGGGUGUUCCUGUCUAG